AUGUUUCUAUUUCUCUUAUCAUCAAGGUGCAUCAUAAAUGUCAAGUCGUUUUCAUCGGAAUCACAUUAUGCCAGAGCAGCCAUUCGACACCACCUGAGUAUUAUUACUACUACUACUACUACUAGUAGUAGUAGUAGUAGUAGUAGUAGUAGCCACACGGCUCGUUUCGCUUCGUUGCAAUCCAGAGAUGAUACAGAGGAAGAAGACCAAACGCUGAGCGAGAAACAAAAAGAGGCUCUCGAAUUGAUCCAAAGAGGAGAGAAUGUCUUUAUUACUGGAGUCGCUGGAACUGGGAAAUCGUUGCUCCUUCGACGAGCCUUGCAAUAUUUGAACACCUACUACAACCCAAAACAAUACGUCGCGGUGGGCCCGACUGGUCCGACGGCCAUUGCGUUGGAAGGACAGACAAUUCAUAGCUUUGCAGGCAUUGGCAUACCCCGAACCAUGGAUGAUUUUAAGAAGGUAAAGAGAAAACGAAAGCAAUGGAAAGAUCUCAAGGCUAUGGUAUUGGAUGAAGCGUCCAUGGUAUCGGGAGAGUUCUUUGAUCUGCUGUCCAACGCAGUCAGUGAGAUUCGGCAAGAUCCAAGACCCUUUGGUGGGAUUCAAUUGAUUAUUUGUGGUGACUUUCUUCAACUAUCCCCCAUUGCCCCUCGCAGGGCGGAUAUGGAGAAUAUGGUCGUAGCACUUCAAGAAAAGGAGGGAUUGGCGGAAGAAGAUGCCAUUGAAAUAUUAUUCAGGAAUAGAGGCUUCUGCUUCCAAUCGUACAAUUGGCAAAAGGCGAACUUUCAGGUAGUGGAAUUGGACCAAGUCUUUCGGCAACAGAACAAACAAUUCAUUGAUGUCUUGCAAGACAUUCGCCGGGCACAGAUUUCUCCAGCCACGACGGAAUUUUUGAGAAAAAAUUGCCAACGACCCUUGCCACCGAACGAAUUUGGGAUCCGUCCAACGAUCUUGCACUCCAAAAAUAAAGAUGUUUUGAGGGAUAACCUGAUCGAGCUGAACGAGCUGAAAGGAGACACGGUCGAGUUCCAAGCCAAGGAUGAUAUUAUCAAGGAAAAGGGAGCACCAAAAUGGGCUGAGAAUCAGCUUUGGAAGAGCCAAUUCUUUACCAACUGUAUCGCUGAAGAAAAGCUUCAGCUGAAGAUUGGCGCGCAAGUCAUGCUCAUCAAGAACGAAGGACAAGGAAAGAAACAGUUGGUGAACGGAUCGAGAGGAAAAAUCGUUGGCUUUCGCAAGCCGCCUCCAUCAAUCAAACCAGCGGAAGCAGCACUACUUCUACCUGGCGUCGAAAAGUAUCCUGUAGUCCAAUUCAUCAGCGGUGUCAAAAAGAUCAUCCUACCGACCUCGUUUGAAUCGAGAUUGAUUGGGAUUGGAAGCUGCACAAGAAUUGCCAUUCCGCUCAAGCUAGCUUGGGCAAUUACAACCCACAAGGCACAAGGUCUCACUCUUGAUUAUGUCAUUGCCGAUCUUGGUGAGGUCUUUGCAGAGGCUCAGACAUAUGUUGCCCUAAGUCGUGCAUCUGACGAAGCAGGCUUGGAAUUGCGCAAUUUCUCGCCGAAUCGAGUCAAGGCAAAUAGGAUAGCCUUGUCCUUCUAUCAAGAUCCAAAUCAGGAAUUCGAAAUGUGGAACGGAAAGAUGGCGCCGCCGAUGUCAUCACAGGACCAAGCGCGUACAGCUCCGGCACCUGUUAUUCAACCACCUCAAAACGAACGAAAAUCCUUCGAGUUAUGGGAAGACGAGGAGAUGGCACAGCUUGUAGCCGGACAAAACCCAAAGCCAGCCAAAUCAUCACCCAAGCCAUCGACGAGUGUUAACCGUGUGCAUGCACCAAAGGAACGACAGCAGUAUCCGCACCCCGACUUGGACCGCCUUCCACUUGUGCAACCGCAUGUGAGUUUGCGUGUGAAGAAUGAGCGUGGUCGUAAGAUCAUGACCAUUUCGGAGUCACCGAGAGACCAAGCAACCGUUACAGUCAUGUCCGAACAAGCUUCUGUCCCGUCAUCGCCACCACCGUCGCCGCCACCACCGCCACCACUAGAGCCACAUGCAGAGCCCGAAGAACAAUCAUCAUCCGUUUCAUUUGAGGGGAAACUUGUUGUCUUCUCUGGUGUCCUCCGCUUUAUGAAUAGAGAGAAAGCUGAAAAUCUCGUUCGGGAAAACGGGGGCAUUGUACGGAAAGCUGUUAGCAGCAAGAUUGAUUACAUGGUAACCGGCAACAAGCUAGGGAACGGCAAGCCCAUAACAGAAGGUGCUGACUACAAGAAAGCAAAAGCAAUCACUGCUAAGACGAUACAAAUCAUCGCCGAAGACGAUUUCUAUGAUUUGGUUAAGCACAAUCUUUAA